UAUAAUGUUGAGGCAGUGCUGUGCUCUGUGCUGUGCUUGGUUUGGGUUUUAGAGAGACCGAGCUGUAAGUAGGUCGGGCUGGGCUUAAGCGGCUUAACUACGUCAGCCUAAGCUGGGAGGAAUUCAUCCAAAGCCCUCCGCGGUAGGCGGGGGCCUAAACGAGGCUGGCCUAGUUAAGCCUGAUUCUUAUUGUGUGCAGCACAGGCUGUUUUUGUUGUGCAACGUGGCUGAGAGGGAACCUAGGAGUAGAGUAUAAAUCCAUGCACAUUUUAGAAAUGGCAUAUGUUUGAUUUAGAAGUAGAAUAGAAGGUACAUUUGAGAUAUAUGGGAAUGAGACCAGAGUUGGUUUUAUCACCGUGGACCAGGAUAACCCAGCAGCAGGGACAAAAAAGACAGGUGGGAAGAGUAAGGAGCGUCAGUUUUGAGAGUGGCUGCUGAACGCAGAAAGCCAUAGGCUGGACUUGGCUUACGAGGGACCGCUAUGCUAUAAGAUGGCAUCCAGCUCUGUGUUUUUGUCCAGUAUGGUGGGUAAAGCUCGCUCGUCCAACUUCACCCUCUCUGAGAAGCUGGACCUGUUGAAGCUGGUCCGUCCUCACAUCCGCAUCCUGGAGGAACACACCAACAAGCAUGCAGUCAUCGUGGACAAAAACAAGUGCUGGGAAACUGUUGCCGAGCUAUACAACGCUUUGGGAGGAGACAGACCCCAUCGCACCGCUCAGGGCCUCAGAACCCUCUACAAGAGGUUGAAGGAGUCAGCCAAGCAGGAAGUGAUGCAGCGGAGACACGCCCAGCCAGAGUACAGAUCGAGCAUCUCUGAGCCUACCAGGAGAAUCAUGGAGAUGAUCCCUCACCUGUUUCAGCACGUGCCCAUCCAUGAGAAGGACCAGGCACUGCGCAGAUUAAUAUACAGCAAGCACAACUCUCCUGUGGAACACCCUGGCAGCAGCUCCUCUCUGGCUGGACUCCAGGAUUACUCAGCAGCUGUCCCAAGUAUCCCCCAUGAGGUGGUCCAGCUGGACCCUGAAGAGGAUGUAAAACCACCGCCAGACCUCCCCAUCCUCUCCACACACUCGGAGCCAGGGCUGGAUGGAGGCCAGGAGCCGGAGGCAGAGCACGACUUGGGCAGCGUUCACGAUUACGAAGCAUCCCUCUCCCCCGUCACUUCCUCCGUGAACAUCACCCUCUCCACAUCACCGAUACCGUUACGUUGCGACCUCUUUCCCAACGACCUCUACCCUCACCACGAACCUGACAGGUUUCGCUCUCUGCACCUCGCCAAAGAGGAGCACGAGUUGGUGGUAGCCAAUCACAAGAAGGUUGCCCUGUACCUGGAGGAGAAGAGGGAGGGGCUGAAGAGGAAACAGGAUCUGGAGGAGGAACUUCUGAGAGCCAAGAUCAAAGUGGAGAAACUAAGAGCUGCUCGACUGAGACACGGACUGCCAAUUCCUCUAUAGUGACCAUGAACACACACAUCAGUGUUUGAAAAGUAGAGGCUCUGAGGAGCUUAAAGUGCGGAGAAGAAGCUGAGGAGCUAUCACACUCAUCAGUUUUUAUUUGGAGGGCUGUUUCAGAACUUGAAUUUUCUUUUGGAAACAUAGUGCCUCGUACAAACACUGAAAGCCUGUUUGCAUAUCGCAGGAUAAGCCUGACCAGUCUGUGUGUAUACUUGUCAUUGUUUAAAUGUAUCUUCAUUUACACUUUUUAAUAGAAGCAGUAACACAACUUGUAAAUGCCCAUAUUAUAAACACUGUGAGAGCCAAAAUAGGCACAAAAAAAAGAAGUGAUAUCAACGUUUUGAAAGGAAUAUUAUUAGUAAUAAAUGGCAUGUACCACGAUGGUGCUUAUCCUGCCUAGAUCCGCCCCUAUGAUGUAUGCAUCUGUUAUCAUAUUAUUAAUGAUUCACUACUAACUGGAGUAUCUUAAAAAGAAAAAAUCCACUUGAUCUAACGAAUCUGAACGAAAAAAGAAAAAAACAGUAUCUUGUAGCACUUUAAGGUAUCCAAGCUAGCGGCGCUUAUACAGUAUUCUGUAUGUUAACAAGGAAAUAUAAGCACAAAAAAACAAAGUUACACUUUGUAAAACUGAGAAGUGUUCAGAAACCCUGCACUGAAGCACAAGUUAAACUGAAGGCCUUAAACACGAGAUGCUACUGAUGACAAAUCUUGUUCUGUGAGUUGCUGUAGUUACAUCGAAGUGAGUUCAAGUCCUAAUUCUCUCUGGUUGCUGAAUUAAUGGCGAGUUAGGCGAUCAAAAAUGUGGACUUAGAUUUGCGAUGUUAUCGUUAUAUAAUGUAUGUGACAUUGAUUGUAUUGUAAUGUUUGUUGGUAUAUGAAUGUUGUCAGUUUCUUUUACACUUU